CGUAUAUUUAUUUUCAUGUUUUCUUUUUUUUUUCUCGUUGUUUUUCCAGAGCCCGAAAUCGAGGCAAACGUUUGCUGUCGUCGCAAAUCGAAAUCCUUGGCUGCGAAUGGUGGCGCCGCGAGUUCAACCUCCAAACGGCGAUGUCGUAAAUGUAGUUGUCGAGAUGCAUUUCGACGUAUAUUGGAUCCUUCCCUUUCCAGGUCAUCAAAUAAAGCCCAAAAGCAACAACAACAACAGCAGCAACAACAAUUGGAAAGGGAACGCAAAGAAAGACAUUCCGUACCUAGUUUACCAAGUAAUCGAAUUUUAAAUCCCUCACAAAUGCAACGCAAUUCAAUGCAUUCCACCACCCAUGCAAUGGCAACACAACAGCAGCAGCCCCUAACAGCGGCAACAUUUGUAGUACCAACGCAACAACAGCAGGCCUCCAUGUCUGCAACAACAACCGCAGCAGCAGGCAGCAACGCGGUAUGGAAUGCUGCUACAGCCACCAAUGGCAAUGAUGUUAUUCUACCACUGGCAACGCAGCCACAAUUUGUUGUGGUUCAGUGUGCCAUUGUAAAUCCAACUCCCGCCACAAAUGUCUCCUCGAUUCAACAUAGCUCCUGCAAUGGCCUGGCUAAUCUGGCCCCCACGACGAUGACGCCCAACAGCAGCUUUCUAUCAUUAAGUCAUAAUUCCAACAAUUCACCAAUGUCGCCUGCUUCGUUGACAAACGAGGCUGUUAAUGCUGGUUUUCAAGUUCCUCGUUCCUCGCUGGUAUCAUCCACACACUCCCCCUCAUUGGCAGCAGCAAGUACACAAUCUUCAGCAAUAGCAACAGCCAACGCUGGUCCCAUUGUACAUUCGCAUGUGGAUUUUGUACAUUAUUUGGUGCCAGAUCUGGAGCGUAUUACCAGCUCCAGUUUCUAUUGGGGAAAAAUGGAUCGUUAUGAGGCUGAACGUUUGCUGGAAGGCAAACCUGAGGGAACAUUUUUACUGAGAGAUUCGGCCCAGGAGGAAUUUCUGUUUUCAGUUACAUUCCGAAAAUAUGGAAGAUCAUUGCAUGCCCGCAUUGAACAAAGUGGUCAUCGAUUUAGCUUUGACUGUCAUGACCCUUGUGUCUAUACGGCUCCCACUGUUACCGGUCUCUUGGAACAUUAUAAGGAUCCUGCAUGUGUGAUGUUCUUCGAACCCAUGCUAACCAUACCAUUACAUAUUCAGACCUGA